AUGCAGCUCAUGGUCCUUGCUGGCCUUGUCUUGGCAAUUCUUGGAGGCACCAAGGUCUUUGACGGCGAUCCAAACACAGUCAGCAACGGCCUCACCUACUCAAGAGCGGCGGUGAUCAUAUUUCUGGCUGUGCUCGCCGCUGAAGCAGGCAUCAACCUCUACCUUCUCAGCAACAGACGUCAAAUUCUUCUUGGAGAAAUAUGGUUGGCCUGGGCAGGACUGGCUGUCACCCCGUUUUUCUUGGUGCGCAUCAUAUACUCGAUCAUCUGUGCCUUUGAAUCGGGGCAUUCUUCUGUUUUCAACUACGUGGGCACGGGAAACUCGGCGGUCAUUGUUCAGGGUAUCAUGUUCGUUUUGAUGGAGUUCAUUGUUGUGUCCAUCUGGAUUGUUGCUGGGAUGUAUACACCAAAAGUUCCGAAAGAGCUCCUAUAUUAG